CACAUGGGCUCUUUCUCCCUAACACAUGAAUAGCAAUUUAGCCAUUCAGUAGGUUAAUUGAAAGUUAUUUGGAUCGCUCUGUUGCUCUUUUUCCUUAACGUAUGAAUUGACGUUUAGUCAUUUGGAUAUCUCUGCUGCUCUUUCUCCCUCGCGCAUGAACAUGGAUUUAGCCAUUUGGAUUUCUAUGCUGGUCCUUCUAUUUAACACAUGAAUGGGUAUAUAUUUAGCGAUUCAGGUCAUGCGAUGAUGAUGCUUCGCCUAACUAACUAAAGGCAAAAAUAAAAUCAUAGAUGCAGCUUUUUAAAUUAUAGAAUGACAAAUUAAAAAUAUCUUAAAUGGUAGAGCAAUUAAAUAUAUAUGAAUUUAAUUUUUGAACAAGGGUGUGGUAAAAAUAGAAAUGCACUAAUCAAAAACCAACGUAGGGAGGGGUGAAUUGAAAAGUUUACCCCAAAUCGAAAGGGUUAUAAAUGUCGCUGUCUGUCUGAUGGUGUUAUUUGCUGCUGCUCUAUCAUCCCAGUCUUGUUGCGGAUUUCCAAAUGCGGAUCGGAUCAGCUAAAGCAGGGAGGAUGGAUUGAUUGAUUAUAUAUGAAGAAGGCCAAAUUAACUAAACUAACUCGAUCGGUGAAUGAAUGCUCUCACCGUUGAAUCGAUGCAUGGUCAUGGAUUUGACCCUCCCUCCUCGUCGACUCGAUUAAAACCUAGCUACCGACCUAUAUAUAUAUAUAUAUAUAUAUAUAUACGUCGAGUCGAUUAAAACCUACCUACCUAUAUAUAUGUACCGCCAUGGAUAUCAAAGAACUCUUGUACGACUUCGCAAAGAGUGAUGUGCUUAGAAGCUUGCGCAAGGGGACCGCACAGAAGAUCUACGUGGAGGCACGGAUGGGAGUCGGGGCGACCGCUUUACUCCAAGAGGUGGCGGAAGCGGCGGAGAUCAGGCGUGCGUUCGACGUGGUGAUCAAGGUGGUGCGGCCCGCACCAUUUGGGAACCUGAGGGAGAUGCAGAGGGCGGUGGCGGAGCAGCUGAAUCAUCUACUACCUCCUUCGGUGGUGACGACGGCUGCUGCGUUCGACGCGGCGGACGAAGACGACGACUUCUCGGGUGUGGAAUUCAGCUCAAGAGGCCAGCUUCCGGAGGUAAGAAAGCAGAUCUACCAAGCUGUGAAGGAUCGUAGUAGUGUGCUGCUCGUCCUUUGCAAUAGUAUUGCAGGUGGCAAAUUAAUUGACCCAAAUGAAUUGGGUAUUCCUAUCGUAAGGGGGAGCCGCAAUGCUGUCGUGUGGACCUCUGGGCUGAAUAUUAGCAGGGAAGCCGCGUCAGCGGGUGCGGAUUGGAUCGCAUGGAUUGAGCCACAGAUCAAAGCUACCGCACUUGAUCUUGUGUACAAGGAGGCCGUCGAGAUUGCCCGUUACAUUGACGAGAGGAGCGGGGGGCGCUUGCGGACCACCCCGCAAGCAGUCCUCCGCUGCUUUUGGUAUUGCCUGCUGUUGUUGCGUAGAGCAGCGUUUAAUCAAUCAGUACUAAUGCCCGAUGGUGAUCCGUCCCUGGAAGCUGCUGCCAAGUAUCUUGUGUGCGACGGAAUUUUACGAGGAGAUGAUGAUGCGGCGGCGUGGGAGAUUGGGAGAGCGCUAGCUCCUUCGCUGAUUGGACCCAUCGUAAAUGAUCAACAACUGCAAUAUUGGCAGAGGCUAAUAACCUCUGACACUUGGACGCCGAGAAGGGAAAGGAAAGAAUUGUUGCCCCCGAAAACUUUAUUAAUCGGCUCUACCGCGCAGGGAGCUUGGGUAAAGAUCUCACCUCCAUCAUCACCAUCACCGGAGGAGGAGGAGAAGGACAGUAGUUACCGGUGGAUCUCACUAUGCUCUCCUAUUCCAGAGCCAUGGGAUUUCUUCUUCAAAGAAUAUCGCCGUUCAGUCUUGUCUGAGGUUUCAUCCUUCUUUGGGCAUUUUGAGGAAACACACCAAGCUCUACCGGACGGCUUCUUCGACCAUUUCAGCAACGUUCGAGUGUUGGACCUUCUCGGCUGCAUAGUAAGUCCUAUAAAUCCUUCAUUCCUUCGUCUUCGCAACCUGAGAAUGCUUAGGCUGGAGCGGUGCAAAGUAACAUCUCUUGAUCAUCCUAAUUCUCAUCCCUCAGCAACAGCAACAGAAGGAGGACGAUGGGAAUCAUUACCUCUUUAUGGCUUACAGGUCCUGAAUUUAUACAGCUCAGAUGCUGAUAAGAUUCUUCUAGCAGGGAAAACCUUUGAGCUCAUGCCUAAUCUCCUGGAGCUCGAUCUCACAGAAAACAUCAGCACCGAGUUUUUGUCAAGGAGCUUGUCAAUGGCAAUCAAACUCAAAGUGCUUAUUCUCACUAAUUGCGAGGGGUUAGAAUAUCUAAACUUCAGUCUCCCUGCAACAAUUGAAACAAUCAGCCUCCAAAGGUGCGGAUCGCUAAAAGAGGUGGAACUACUCGACCCUGCAGCAGCUCCUUUGCCCAACCUCACGACCUUCCGCCUCAGCGGCUCUACGCUGAUCGCCAAGCUCUCCCUACAAGGAUGCCGUAAGUUGGAGAACGUAGACCUGCAGGAAUUGACGGGGCUCGAGGUGCUCGAUCUUUCAUGCACCGCAAUAAAAGUGGUGGAUAUCAGCAAACUCCCACAACUGAAGGAAUUAUUUCUCCUCAGAUGCAAGCAACUCCGUAGAGUAGUCUGUCUUCAUGAAACACAAAAGCUAGAUGUGCUGUACUUGGAUAACUAUAGUGGCAGCAGUACUUGCAACGUCGAUGUCGAUCGGUGCCUUGAUUCCUUUCGCAAUCAAACACAAAGUGAGUUAACCAAGGAAACUAAUGAUGCUGAUCAAAGAUUAUUAUUCCACGCUCAUGUGGUCGUGAGGGAUGUUAGGCUCUUCCGGUCACUUCGUUAUGCUUUUUCUAAUCCAAUAUACAAAGGAUCCUGCUUCCAUAUCCACGUCAAGCGUUCUUCAACUGCUAAGAGAGGCACUAAUAUUGGUACUACCACCAGAUCGAAUGCUAUUAUAAUGUCGGCAUUAUGUUAUGCAGAUGUUUUAAAUACUAUGACAGAUCGCCACCGUCGACAUCACCCGUCGCCACCUGCCAUGCCCCUGAAAAAUCACAUAGAGGUUGAUGGAGGUCACGAUUCCCGAAUAGCAGAGGAGGGUGACUUUGGAUACAUAAUGAAAUGGUUUGCUAAUUCUUUAUUCAUUCACGACAACACAUCUAAGUUUACCAUGAGCAUUCAAUUCAGACAUCUCAAAUGUUUCCGCAUUGAGAGGUGCCCUAAUUUGGAGUUUAUCUUCUCUUAUUGGGGUGAAGCUAAGUAUUUGGAGAGCAUAUGGCUCAGCCAACUUCCGAGGUUCAAAGCUUUAUGCGAAGAAGGAUGGAUUGAUGCGCUUUUGAAGCAUAUUUACUUGGAGUUUUGCGCAAGGCUAGAAUAUGUAGUCCCCUCACUGUAUCUACUAUACAACUUGGAAACAAUCAACAUCCGUUAUUGCGGCAAUCUAACGGCAAUAUUCAUAUCUCGUGAUGAUCAUAAAAAAGAUAAAAGAGGAGCUGCUCCACUGCUACUUCCGAAACUGAGGUCCAUCCAUCUACAGGAGCUUCCGAAGCUACAACACAUAUACGAGCCUAACAUUUGUGCACCGUCACUAGAAGAGAUCAAGAUUAUGGGGUGUUUCAAUCUGAAAAAGCUUCCUCUUUUCGGCCACUUAGACGCUCGUUCAAUGAGAGCUGUGGAGAUUAGCUGCGAGAAGGAUUGGUGGGAUAAGCUACAAUGGGAUGGGUUAGAAUCCAACCACCACUCUUUUCUCUUCAACCCCAAACAUUGUCCUUAUCAUAAGAAGCGUAUGAAGGCUAGAUGGUUUUGAAGCACAAAUCUCCUCCAAUGUUGGAAACCAAAACGUACAUGCACGGCAAACCAUCUUCUCUCUAUCUCUAAAUAUUAAUUGUGUACUUGUGUGUAUACAUGCACAUGUGUGCUUGAUCGUGUACAUCCGUAUAUAUGGAUGUUCGCCAAACUCUUUACAUGCUUUUGAGAAAUAAGCUAGCCAUAGUGCAGCAUGUUCUUUCUUUUCUA